AUGGCCAGUAGCAGCAGGACGAAGACGGCGCCGCCUGCACCGAAGCCCCUCUUUGGUGUCGAGAUCGAGAUCUACGUCAAGAUCAAGUCAUCCCUCGCAGACAGGAUCAGGGAAAGGAGAUACAGAGACAGGGCCACCAUACAGAAAUACUGGCUCGACUGGGAGUUCGACCUUGAGAAUGGCCAGGGCAACCUGGAAAGAAAGGCCAAGCAGCGUGAAUGUGUUGGCCAAGCCAUCAGGGAAAUCAUCGACAUUACCCUGGGCGACAAUCAUGGCUGGACGUGCGAGUCCGACGCCAGUCUGAAGGAAUGGGCUCUCACAGCGCCCCCUAACCCGCGCAAGUGGUGGGGAAUUGAGAUUAUUUCGCCGCCCAUGUCAGUCACGAAGCACUGGCAGGAAGAGAUAGAGCUGAUCUUUUCGGCCGUUGGCAAGCACUUCGACUUUUGGACAAACGAAUGCUGUGCCUGUCACGUUCACGUAUCGCCCGGUCCGACGAAGAGGACCAAGUAUACAACGGCCCAGCUCGUCAAGAUGGCAAAGGGGGCAUACUUCUGGGAAGAUGCCUUCUAUGAUCUCCUGCCGCCCGAGCGUCGGAACAAUAGGUUGGGCACGGUCGAGCUCCGGCGGCAAGCCGGCGUCGCCUCGGCCAUGACCGCCAUCCACCGCAUCCUGUUCGCCCUCACCCUCCACAUCAGCGCCUUCCGCUACGACUUUGACGGGGUCAGGACACGGAAGACCCGCCCAGACUCCGCCGAACUCAUCCGCGAGCUCGCGGGCUGCAUCAAGAAGCUCCCCUCGGACACCUGCCACGGCAGCCGGUUCGUCGGCUUCCUGAACUGGUGCCAGGAGAGCUACGCGAACAACUGCUGCUUUACCGAGGAGCAGAUCAACGCGCGCGAGAGGGCCCUGCGCAACGGGACCACGCCGCCCAACCAGCGGUCGUCGCGCGCGCCGGCGGCGUCCUCCAGCACCACCGCGUCGCGGCCCUCGACGCCCGCCGCCACCACGACCCUGCCGUCGCGCCCCGCCCCGCGCCGUGCCGACCCGCCCCGGAGCGGCUCGCGGACGCGUCUGCCGUCGCAGCAGAUCCCCGGGUCGUCGGCCCCUACCGCACACUUGGUCUCCAGCUCCGGCGGCACGACCCGGUACGAGGUCCGAGAGCCGCCGUACAGAGAGCCGCCGUACGGGGGGUCGGCGCAGUACGGGGGCACGCCGCAGUACGGGACGCCCCAGUACGGGACGCCCCAGUACGGGGGGUCGGGGUACGGGACGCCGGGGUACGGGUCGUCGGGGUACGGGGCGCCGGGGUACGGGGGGAGGUAUUAG